AGACAGUAGUAAAAGUCGUUCUUCUAAGGCUAUUGGAACUUGUUUAAUAAUUGAAGGUGGAUGGUUGGAUUCUACGUUUAUGUAACUGGUUUUGUCAUUAGGUUUACGGUCAAGCGGUUUACUUGGUUAUUUGUUUACACACGUUUACUUUGUUACUAUUUAAUCUCUUGUCAGACUUGGACACUACCUUGAUCUUACAAUAUACUUUACAUAUAUAUAACUUAUAGGAUAGAUUUUUUUUACAAUAAAAAAUAAUAUAAAAAAUUUAUAGUUAGCAAGAUAAUUUUACUGUUUUUUGCAUUUUUAUGAUCUAGGCGUAUCAUUGCUAUUGCAACUUUCGGUUCAAUCACUCAACUCAGUUCAGAACUACUGUUUCUGAAGAAAUUUUCUCACUCUUAUUAAGACCAGCUCCAUUCUGUUCAAUUUUUGUGUAAAUAUUACUUUGGCUUUUCUAAUGGCUAGUGACAGGGCAUGUCAACCCAGAUAAAAUAGUAAUAGGCUCAUUUUAUCAAGGUGAUUCUAGAUUUGGAGAAUCAGCGGGUAGCCAAUGGAUGUGCAAUGCUUUAUGGGCCAUCUGUUACUCUUCUAUUGCGUCUAUGCGUUACUGGACUGAAUGGGAUCUUAAUCGUGUUUUGACACUAGGGAAUGAUCUUUAUAUCAGCCUAGGUUACACCAGUCAAUAUCUUGCUUUAGACGACCUGCCUAAUUUAAUUGCAACUGAAAACGGGCAUAUUCAAAUUGAAAAGUCAGAUUCCUAUUUAUUUGAACUUUCAAGAAAUAGUACUUCUUUUCUCCGUGCCCAUGAAUAUGCCAAUGGUGGCAUUAUAGUUGCUGGCAGUUUCCGCACUUCGUAUAUAUCGUGUAAUGGGGUUGUGUAUGUGUUUGACUCUCAUAGUCGCGAUUUGCUAGGCUUACCACACAAUUCCGGUACAUCAGUUCUUUUGAAAUUCAACUCUACCAGGGAAGCUGAGUCAUACAUUAAGUAUUUAUAUCUAUCACAUUUUCAAAACGAAAGAUUGUUCUGUGACUUGCAACAUUUUAAUAUUAAUAUUACGGAUGCUGAAAAAACAUAUUUGCAAAAAACAUUUCAAAAAGGGAAAAUUAAUGCUCGAAAGAGUGAAAACGCCACACGAAUAAAUUGGAACCUGAUAAGGACCGUGUUGACAAAGCUAAGUGACAAGAUGCUCAAUCCGACAGAAAAGGAUCGUUUUAAAAAAGCUGCUUUGAAUGCUAGUCUUUCUAAGGAGAAAAUAAAAACUUUGAAUGAAAAAAAGAGGGUUAUGAUGGCCGAUUUCCGAGCAAAUCUUUCCACAGAAGAAAAAGAAAUUUUGAAUAAAAAAAUAGGGUUGCAAUGGCUAAUUUCCGAUCAAAACUCUCCGCGGAAGAAAAAACAACUUUGAAUAAAAAAGAUAGGAUCAGAAUGGCCGCUUUCCGAGCACAGAAUCGGGUUUACAAAUCAAGGAAUCGAUUGAUAGAGGCUUUCAAAGAUCAAAAAGUUUUGAUAUUUAGAUCAUGAGAUAGCAUGAGUUGAAAAAUGUCUACACAAUAAUUAUCUCACGCUAUCUCAUAGUGGAAACCAAGCAUAAGAAGUUAAACGUUAUUUGAACUAAUAUCGUUAUUCAGAGAAUAGUGGGUAUAUUUUACUAUUUUGAAGCGGAAGAAAAUUUUCUUUCUUACUUUCCUGGACGAACAAUUCUCACUCACAGAUUUAAAGUUCUCAGUCGCGCUGACCUCAAGGCCUAAGGGUCUCUAGUUUAGCAAUGACUUGAGCUUAUUGUGAUCAGUGGGAUGUCCAAAUUGUUUGUGCAGCUUAGAGCUACUUUUUUCUUCUCUUCCAAUCACUUUUUCGAUAGUAUAUUCACACUGAAUAUUACUUGUGGAGUAUUUGUACUAACAGUAUUUGUUACAAUACUGUUUGCUUUGGUGUUAAAAAAAUACAAUAGUGGCCGUUUGAGGUAUGUUGCAGUGGAAUGUCUUUACAUAUUAACGGUAUCACCUACAAAAUCCAACUUACAAUUUGCAUCCUUUAUACUAUUUGAAUGACUUUGAGCUUGCACUUUCUUGCAAACUUAGACCCUCCAGUACAUUAACAGUCUAACCAGUAGAACAACCAAAAUGUAAUAAUGCACAGUUGAGAAAUUCUGACACAACUUGCUCUAUAAAACAUUGCUCGAUAAAACAUUGCUCCACACUUUUGUGAAUAGUUGAACAUGUACCUGUUCCUGUUGUUUCGAUUUAGUGUCGGUCUGGGCAAUUGUUCAUGAAAUCCAUGAUGGAUUUGCAAGUAUAGCAUUUCAUUCAGUUUCCGAAUUUUACGACCAAGAUCUUCGUCUACAACCACAUGUAUAACUCCGACUCCUGUUGGGAUUCUCCCCAUACAAGUUUUCCUGUCUAUCUCUUCUCUAUCUUUAAAUCAUCACUGGGCGACUGAUCGCUUACAGCCAAUAUUUGGCCUUGAUCUGCUUUUUCAUAUCAUCAUAUGUCAGGGAAGGAACAGUAACUCUAAUAAGAUCACAAGUAGAUUUUGGUAAAUUUGCACUUGCUCAAUGUUAAUGUUAAAACUUUUUAAUUUUUGAUUGAGCUGUUUAAAUUUAUUAACAUAAUCAGAUAUUGUCAUUGACUUUGGUCGUUCAAAUGUCACGAACUUUUUGUAUGUAUUAAGCAUGGCUUGGUCUUCAGUAACACCAUACAACUCUCUCAGCUUAUUUUUUCACACUUUCAAUCCGCCAUGAUCAUCCUUUCACAAAGAAGCGCAGGCUUGACGAACUCUGCCACUCAAACCUCUAUUAGUUAAUGGCAUAAGCCAUGCAUUUCAAUCUGAAAUAUAUAAAGUGAAGUAGUGACAAAGAAGACUGUUGUAAAGGAUUGUCCUCCUUUGAUAAUUAAUGAUUAAUUUGAUAAAUGACUGCUUUGAGUUGUUGUAAAUUACAAAAUCUACCGCGAUUUUUAACCUCAAUUUCAGGACCAUUUGUCUCUUUUUGGAAUGGGAAUGGCAAGAUUUUAGUCUCAUCAGGUGAAAAAUAAACUGAGUUGAGUGUGAGAUCGACAAUGUCUAGUAGGGAAAUCGUUAAUGCGCAUGCAUGGAAAUUGACUAAGAGAUGGUAAAAGUAGUAGUAAGUAGCAUACUUGCAGCCGAAACAGUCAGGAAUGGUGUGCGAUCGCACGCCUACAUGCCCACACACGUCAUGUUUGAAUGUUCCUGUGCGAUCUUCGCAUGGCAAAAAAAAACACUAAGUACCUCUGGUGUGCGCUAAUCGCACACCAAAAUAAAUAUUCUGUUCAAUGAAGGUUUAGGGGAAUAAUAUACGUAGCGAGGCAUGAUUUAAUUUGUCUAUUUUUUAAAUUUUCUAUUUUUUUCUAAGUUUUCUUUUCUUCCUCAAUUGACAUAAAUGAUUAAUGCCAAUAAUUGAAUUAGAAUUUGUGUGGCUUUUGAAAUAAAAUGGUUUAAAUGACAAGCAAAAAAAACAGGUAUGUUGCAAAACUACAAGCAAAACACGCAACUUUGCUUUCAGACCGACGUUUGAGUAUGAAGCACCAUGGAAGACGCCCGUGAUAAUAGAUAAUAUAUUAGUUGUAUAAAAAAUUCAGUGUUCUUUUAAUGUAUUUUACGGCAGUCUUAUAAGAAAAUCUUAAUGUAAAUACAAAAUCUUUAUACAGACUAGAGUUUAGUUUGUAGUAUUCAAAGUCUUACAGAGCAUUAAAAUGAUAUAUUUAAAGGGUGUUACGAUAAGCGUACUCCACCCUGUUUAUAUUAUUUUUAUUCCGGAAUGGUAUUGACUUCCAUUCGCCUUGCUGUGUUAAAUAUAUAUAAUAUUUAUAACGGAGGAGGGUGUUACGAAGAAAUUUUUCGUCUUGUCAAUUGUAGCAAAAGCAACUAAUUUUGUUAUAAAUCGUCAUAAAUUUUAGACUUUUGUUUAACCACGUAACUACUUUUAUGAUUACAAAGUUGCGUCUAAUAUUUUUCGCGAAUAUUUCCAGCAUUUUUCUUCCUGGUGAGGCCUGAAACUUGUUUAAUGGUUGAUGUAUUGGAUGUGUGCUACUUUUUAUCUCGUUUCCUU